GUAGCGUCCUCGAUUGGCCGGUGUGAACCGCUAGCCAAUAGUAGGGCAAGAGGCGGGACCAUACGAGCCAAUCACGGUACAAGGAAGUGCAGAAUACAGGUGGGGAAAGCAAUUCAGUAAGACUCGGUAAGCAUAGCAACAGUCCAGCAAAAGUUGAGCGCGCUAAGAGCUCCAGUGUUUGGUGGAGUGGAGCUCUGCUAAACUAAACCACUACAGGCGGCGGUAAGAUGGCGCUUAAACGAAUCCAAAAGGAAUUAACUGAUUUGGCCCGUGAUCCUCCAGCACAGUGUUCAGCAGGUCCAGUUGGGGAUGAUGUAUUCCAUUGGCAGGCCACAAUCAUGGGUCCUAACGAGAGUCCCUAUCAGGGUGGUGUUUUCUUCCUGACCAUACACUUCCCAACAGACUACCCCUUCAAACCUCCAAAGGUUGCUUUCACCACAAGAAUCUACCACCCAAAUAUUAACAGUAAUGGCAGCAUCUGUCUAGAUAUCCUCAGGUCCCAGUGGUCUCCUGCACUUACAAUUUCUAAAGUUCUCUUGUCCAUCUGCUCACUCUUAUGUGAUCCAAACCCAGAUGAUCCUCUCGUGCCAGAGAUUGCACGAAUCUACAAAACAGACACAGAAAAGUACAAUAAAAUGGCAAGAGAAUGGACAGAGAAAUACGCCAUGUUGUAGAUGAGGGAUACAACAGAAUAGCACGGGAAUGGACACAGAAAUAUGCCAUGUGAUGUUGGCAGGACACAUUUACAAACUUUAUAUGCUCUUGUGUUUGGUCACUGUCUUAAGGCCAUUUCAUCACUUACGUCUCUUAUGGAGAAACAGUCUGCAGAUGUCUACUCAAACAAGACUACAAGAAGAUCUGCAGAAGCUGCCAUUUUCAAAUAUCAUUUGGACCUCAUUCAUCAAAUGGAAUCUCUUCUCUGCUUCUUUGCCUUGGGGUCAAUGCAUCAGUUAUUUCCUCUGACCGCUUGUCUCAUGCAAUCUUUGUAAGAGCACAGUGCUGCCCUGCUCAGGCAGAGGACUGUAGGCUGUGCUACUGCUUCUUCUGGGCUGUACUGCAUGUCAUUUUACAGAGUGAAGCUCGGUUGUGGCAUAGCACUGGGAUUAUCAGAUAACUUUUGUUCUGAGAUCCUUUCUUGGCCCAAGCUUUAACAUCUGUAGCAAGGAAAUGCACCACAGUCUACUAGCUUUAAUGUCCUGCUCCCCCCCCCCCCCCCCCAAAUAAAGUUGCAUUACAUGUUCGUGUUUCUGUUCCGUAUUUGUGAACUUGACUAUGAAACAAUGUAAAAUUGUUAGUUUUAUAUUUAUAAAUGCAGUGUGUUUUUGAUUACAUUUUACCUUUACAAUCAGAUUAUAUCUGGUAAUUUUGUCAGUUGUUGCAGAUAACUCCUUCAGAUCAGGUUUGGUAGAGAUCCUACAUCAGCAGUAAUUUUUCCUGGAAAAUGAAUACAGACACAUUUUCAGUCAGACUUUUACAUACACGAGCAUGAAUGUCAUCAUGAACACGAAUUUCAUGGUAAAUAUUGGGCUUUCGAUGAUGUCUUUGAACUGUUCUUUUUCUGGGGUAGAACUUUUAAUUCACAAGUUUUAUAAUUGAGUUUUCUGAAAUCAACACAGGGUUGAAAAUAUACAUGCUGCACACCUAAUGUUUGAUUAAAUGUCCCUUAGGAAGUUUCACCUUGACCAGAUGCUUUUGAUAGCCAUCAACAAGCUUCUAGCAGAUAUCUGAUUGGAUAUUUGACCACUCCUCUUAGCAAAAUUAGUAGACUUCAAUUAUUAUUAUUUUAUUUUUUUCCUGGCACAGACCUGACUCUUAAACAGUCUCCUCAUAUUUUUGAUACAGCCAAAGUCAGGACUUGUUUGAAGCGUAAUGUUGGCCUGCUUUAUCUAUUCCAUAACUAGCUUUGAUAUGUAUUUGGGGUCAUUGUCCUGUUGGAACACACAAUUGUGUUCAAGUUUCAACCAUCUAACUGACAGCUUGAGGUUAUGCUGAAGAAUUCUGAUGUUCUUUAUUACUCCAUCCACUUUGUGCAAUGCACUAGUUCCACUGGAGGCAAAACAGCCCCAAAACAUCAUGUUCCUCUGUACUGCUGGUCAUUGUGGCCAAACAACUCAAUCUUUCUCAUCUGACCAUAAAACUUUCCUCCAGAAGGCUUUUUCUUUGAGCAUGUGGUCAGCUUCAAACUUUAGUCAAGCUUGAAGGUAUCUAUUUUGGACCAGGGGCUUCUUUCUUGGUGCAGGUACAGUCCAUCUAAGAACUACAACAGUCCCUUUAAGGACUACAUUUCCCAUCACCAGCUUCCGCGUUGACCUGCGUCACAUCCACCAUGAAGGCAUAAGUAAUGGAACACGUUUCCGCUUCCUCCUCUUUCCGUCUGGAUACAAAGAGGAUUCGCUCCACGAGCAAACCCAAAAUAAGAUGUCUUUUCUUCUCUUUCUUGCAAGAUCCAUGAUUCAGCGCGAUCUUUGUUUACCUUUGGCCAUGGUAAAAAUCCAAAAAUCGCGCGAUCUAACUCAAAUGAGUUACAACCGGUUUUUAUUUCUAUUAUCAAGUACGUACCAAACUGCCGCCAAGCAGUUAAUUUAAAAGUUAGGAGCGACCGAAAUUCCUCCUAAUUAUAAUUCUGUGCACAUUGUUUGAUCAGAGACUUUCUUUUCAUCACGAGCGACCACGCGUCAGACCAAGAAAUCCUCUGCUUCACGGAAGGCUUCACAACGGUGAAACUCCAAAGUCUCGGAACAUCUCUUCAUAAUUUUGCUAAAGGCAAGAUACUGAGUAAGACUUGGCAUUUGGGCAUAAAAGCUAGUCUUAGGAAUUUGCUUUUAUUGAAGUAGUGUGAAUGUAAACUCAGGAACUGUUUAAGUGUGCACACUGAUUUUUGUGUUCCAUAAUUGUUCUAUGAUCUCUCAGUUUUGUUUAAUAGAUAGGUUGCAUGCUCUCUCUUUCUAAUACUUUAAUUUCAUUAUUUACACACAUCUUGACCUCAUCAAGAUUUCAGUGGAUUCAAUACUGUUAUAAGCUAGUGAAACUAGCCUAUGGCUAAUUCUUUUGUCCCAUUAGCAUCCAGGGCUAAUUGUAUUGUCUCAAAGGAGAACAUGUGGCGGCCCUCCUCCACAGGCCUCACAAACACAUCUUAGCUAGCAUUCCUUUGUCUUAGCUAGCGACACAAGGCUAACCUGUGGCUCAACACGUGGCCAGUACAUCUCAAUUAGCAACCAAAGCUAACUCUCUUGCUGUACUUAGAAGCACGUGGUCACCGGGCCCCAUACACACAAACACAUCUUAAUUAGCACACAAAGCUAAUCUUUUGUCUUCACCACAACACACACACACAUCUCACUGUUUGUAUAUAUUUCAACUGACACUAUUCAAUUUUUAUCAUUGUUAUAAUAAAUUCAUUUAUUAUUGAAA